UGCCCUUUGACCAUUUGCAAAGCUUACUGCUUCUCCAUUUUCUCUCCAUCUUUUCUUCUUACACUAUCUUAAAUCCUUCUCAUUUUCUCAAACCAUUUAACAUAAACUCUAGUAGUGGUCCUCAACAUCACAUUCCUCAAACAAAAUAUAAGCUAGAAAUUAAAGCAUAUAACAAGUGUGUUUUUUUCCCUUCAUUUUUUGGUCUGGAAAAAUGGUAAUGGAAGGGGUUCAAGAAGAUACAAGUGAAGGAAAUAUACAAUGUAUAAACCAUCCUUAUAAAAACAGUUCACCAGGUGGAAUCUGUGCAUUUUGCCUUCAAGAAAAACUAGGAAAACUAGUUUCUUCUUCUUUUUCCUCUACCAUUUUCCCUUCUUCUACUUGUUCUGUUUCUACUCCUUCUCUUAGAUCUGAUUUUGGCACCACUUCCACUACAACUUCAGCUUUACAAAUCCCAACAAAUAACAAAAACACCACUGAUUGUAAUACUAACUAUCAUCCAUAUGAGAAUAACAUAAGGAAAUCAAGAAUGCAAUUUUUGUUGAGUCAGAAGAAGAAGAAUAGUAGUAAUAUGGCAAGUUCUGGUUCAGAUUCUGGUAUUGUUUUUAUUAAGAGAAGUAAGUCUACUACAACUCCUAGAAAUCAUUUGCAUUUCUUGGAAGCUGAAGAUUAUGGUAUUCAGAGAAAAGGAUUUUGGUCAUUUCUUCAUUACUCAUCCUCAAAGCAUUAUUCUUCCACAGGAUCAUCUCAAAACGGAUUCAUAAAAUCAAGGGAGAAAAAGAAGGAAGAAAUUGUAGCAGUUGAGGAAAAUGAGAGUCCUAAUGAGUCAACAUUUGACAGAAAGGUAGCAAGAUCCAGAUCUGUUGGUUGUGGAAGCAGAAGUUUUUCUGGUGAUUUAUUUGAGAAAAUCUCAACUGGUUUUGGGGAUUGUACUUUAAAAAGAAUUGAAUCACAAAGAGAAGGAAAGCCAAGAUUUUCCUCUGUUAAUCAUAAAGAAAGAGUCAAUUGUGGAGGCAUAUUAUCUUAUUUGGUUUCUUCUGAAGAAAAUUUGCAUGGAAAAUCUCAUAAUAUUGCUAAUGGAAGAAGUAAGAAUUGGGGUUGGGCAUUAGCAAGUCCAAUGAGAGCUUUUAGUAAAACAUCAUCAAGUGGAAAAAGAGAAGACUCAAAUAAUAAGAAUGCUACUCCUAAUUUGGCUGCAAUUCCUUCUUUGUUGACUGUGAGCAGCUAGAGAGACUUGCUUAAUUUAAUUUUCACCUAUGUCGUGCGGACUCUCGAAAAUGCUGUCACAUCCAUGCUUUACAGGAUCCGGAGCACAUCCAAUGUUGUGCGAACUUUCCAAAAUGCUGUCAUAUCUAUGUCGAAGCCUCAAGAAAUACACUAUUUUUGCAGGAUCCGAUACGCAUACAGCGACAUUUUCGAAAAGUCCGAGUAACAUAGAUUUUCACUAAGUAGCUACUGAUACUAUUACACAAAUUUGCAUUAUUCUUGUCCAGAAACUCUGUUUGUUUAUCAGGUUAUAUUAACUAAUUUCUUUGUUAUUAGAACUCUCUUUUUUUGUCCUGUUGUAAGGUUGAUGUUGAGUCCUGAUGAUUUUGCUGUCAAUUGA